AUGGAAGAAAGAGAGAUUUUUGGUUCUGGACAUGGUGUUAAUGUUAAUCAGGUCCCACAGGGGUUCAACUUGGGUCAAAAUCAAAAUUCGUUGAGUUUUUCUGGGCCCACUGGGGAGGUUCCGGCGACUCUUCCGGUGAUUGCACCGGGUGGCGGUGGUAUGGAUAUGAAGAAGAAGAGGGGUAGGCCUAGGAAGACUGAAUCUGGAAGUAAACCGGCGCUGUCUCCGAUGCCGAUUUCGGCGUCGAUUCCGUUGACUGGAGAUUUCUCUGGCUGGAAAAGUGGUGGAGGGAAGCCUUUUGAAGCAAUCAAGAAGCCUUUGAAGUUAAAUGAUUUUGAUGAAGAUGAUAGAACAGCUCCACCCAGUUCCAGUUUCAAAACUCAUGUGCUUACAGUAAAUUCUGGAGAGGAUCUCUCGAUGAAAAUAAUGUCUCUAUCUCAACAAGAGAAUCAUACUAUAUCCAUUCUCACUGCAACUGGCACAAUUUCGAAUGUCACACUUCGCCAGUCGGAUGCCUGUGGAGGUACUUCGACAUAUGAGGGAGUUUUCGAGAUUCUUUCCUUGAGCGGAUCAUUUGUGCCAACCGAGAACGGAUUGACAAAGAGCAGAGCUGGACGAAUGAGUGUCUCUUUGGCAGGUCCAAACGGCCGUGUUUUCGGAGGCGCGCUCGCUGGUUUGCUGGUAGCUGCUGGUUCUGUGCAGGUUGUGGUUGCAAGUUUUCUUCCUGAUAAUCAGAAACCAAAGAAGCAAAGGAUCGAUCAUAUGUCACCAACCGCCCCUCCCACAUCAACUCAUAUUAACAAUCAUGCAUCUGAAGAAUUGAAAACCGAUCUCGGUGGAAUGAAGCCUAUCAUGUCACCAGCCGGAUUUAACUUCGCUUCAUUCGGCAACGGCCAGGGCUCUAAUGGCCAGGGCUCUGGCAACUCAUCGUCAUCUGGCGAUGAUGACGAGCAUGUCCAACCCUAG